GCUACAAUACGCAGAAGCGAGUUACAAGCUCGAAUAUCCGGUUUAUAAACGUCAGUGAAGGCAGCGUUUCUCCUCCAGUCAAAACGGAGCCAUAUGAGGUGAACCUGCUUUAGUCGCGGUCACAGUAGAUCCACUGUGGUGGUCGGCUAAAGGUGGCACGUUAUCUUACGAUGAUAUCGGCUAGCUUGCUGGCUAGUAAGCUAACUUAGUUUGUAAACGCAGCCUUUGCAGGAUUUAGCCAACUAGCUAUCUGACAAGGCCGAUGUUGCUGGUGGAGGAGGGGAUGAAUUUAUUGUUUUCCAUCAUGUCGAAGUCGUUCCGUUAUUUUUAGCUAGCACUGCAGGCUAGCGCAGCUAAUAGCGACAAGCAAAGCGUGACUAAUCUGUCUGUUGUUUGAAAAGCAGUGCAAAUGGAGCAGUGGCAGGACGCGGCCUCUCAGCAGGUCAAGCUGCUUACACAUCGUCUGAAUGAACUGUUGUCCAAAGGCCUGGAGCUGCUGCGCUCCGAGCUCGGCGUGGAUUUGGGACUGAAGUCUGAUCUUAUUUCGCCAUGGGUGAUCCUCUUAGCGGCAUGCACCGGGCUAGUGCUGAUGGUUGGGCUGUGGGCCUCAGCCUGCCGGUCUCUUUUCAAGAGACGACCUGCUCUUAUCUCUGUGGACGACGGCAUUGAAAUAAAGCGUGGUGUCAGUAAACCUGUCAAAUCGGAGGAACCGAAGAAAAAGAAGAAGAAAGCAGAAAAGAAAGCCCAGCCAAAUGGGAGAGCUGUUGCUGAGGCACAGGAAGAAGCCAUGGUAUCGGAAGAGAUAGUGCCACAUCACCAGCCGCCGCCACCCCCAGAAGUCAAGGCUGAGAAGGCUGCCGAGGUAAAGAAGUCCAAGAAGAAGGCCAAACAGGCUGUGAAGGAGACCAAGGCAGUGACUACAGAUGGCAAAGAACCAGAAGAAGGCACAUGGGAGACCAAGGUCAGCAACAAGGAGAGACGUGAACAACGCAAGAAGGACAAGAGUUCUAGUGAUGGCUCAGCCAGUCCUGGGGGUGGAGGGGGGACACCUGUGAGCAAUCCCCCAGAGCAGCCCAAGGCAUCUGCAGUCCCCGCACCUGCAAGCCAGAAGAAGAAAAAAGGAGAAUCCACAAAAUUGAAGGCAGAGAAGGUGGAGGCUGUUGUAUCUCAAGUUAACAGCAGAGAGGUGGCAGCGAGGACUGCUGGUGUGACUGGCAUGGCAGUCAAGGUUCCUGCGCACAGUGGUGCUCCAAAGAAAGGCCCCUGGACAACCAGUAGAGAGCCGGUGUCACUGUGGAGAGCAGAGAUCGAUGAGUCAUGGACUGUAAUUGACAGGGGUAUGCCCACGACAGAGCUAAAUCUGUCUUUCACUGGACUGGGAGUUGGUACUGCUGAUGGUGGCUCAGUGGACCCCAGCUCUGACUGGAACGCCCCCUCCGAAGCCUGGGGCAACUAUGAAGAAACCACCCCUGAGCCCCCUCCUGCUCAGGAGCAGCCACUCCCUGAGCCUGCCAAGGACCAUGAAGAGGAUGAAAAGGACCAGGGGGAGACUGCUGCUGAUGGAGCAGCUAAAACUAAAAAGAAGAAGAAGAAGAAGAAGAAGGCUGCAGAGGAGGGAGUGGCUACUGGCCAGGCGGAGGAGCCCGAGAAGGAGGCAGCGCCUGCAUCCUCAGUGAAGAAGCAGCCACCUGUUCAGGAGAAUAUUGCUGCCAUCCAGCCUGUCAAAGCAGCUGCUGUUGAGGCGAGAGCGGAGCGCCCGGUUAAGGACAGCAUGUCCCUGAAACCCCCCGUCACACAAGUGCCACAGAAGCCCACUGAUGGAGAGCCCACUGCCAAGCAGAACAGCCUUCCUCCUCCAACUCAACAAAAAAAACCUGAGGAGAGCCAAGCGGCCAAACCAGCAAAGAAGAAGAAGGCACGGAGAGAGACAUGAGAUCGAGUCCGCUCUGCAGACCUCUGUAUGCAAAAGACUUCAUAUCCUGUUUAUGCAACACCUUUUGUGACAAGAACUUUGAACUAAGGUCUUCAUGAUGAACUUACCUUAAAACCAGUCUGGAAAAUGAAAACAGCUUUUAUACAAGUUGAGUGCCAGUCGGUGGAUCAUUGAAAAGUGAACCUAGAUGCAGUGCAAUCUAAUGUGAUGCGGUGUUAAUGAUUUUUAAGUAUGAAUUUGAUACUGAUUCUGUCUUCUAAUUCUACUGAAUCAAAUAACUGAUUGAAGGAUGUGUAUUGUAGUAAUUAGACAUGUAGAAAAUACUGAUCAUGUUUAGAAAAUUGAUGUUGUGGUGGCUAAUGACCGGAGUUUACAGUGUUGAGAAUGAAAACGGUUAACAUGCAUCAGGUCACACAGCACCGGGCCAUAAUGUUGAACUGGCCUUUGCUUUGCAGUCUUUUAUUUUUGCUCUGGCAGUUGUGAGCCAUGUCGGUACAGUGAGCACUGAUGGUUGAAAGAGCGGAUAUGAAAUGUUUAUUUCACGUCAAUGGUUUUGGCUCAGUAGUGUGUUAACAUUUGUGACAUAAAGAGACAUGAGCAACAUUAGGCGCAGAAAAGGGAAUCAUGUCUGCUCUGUAUUUUUGCAUUAUUAUGUAUGACUACAGCAUUUUAUUGAAUCAGUCCAUCUGGUUUGUCCCCUGUCUCACGUUGUCCUGCGGUGUGUCGACAACUGUUCCCUCGCCGUUUUUACUGUCUGUGACUGCUUUGUGGCUGGAGCCGUGUGGGAGCCUCUGAUCGUAGAUGUACCAUUGCAGUGUCAUCAACCUCUUCACAAUUUUCCACCCGUGGAUGAGUUGGAAGUCUGAAGAACCUUUUGUAAAACCUGUUUGUAAUAAAAGAAAAGCUAAAGCCAUAUGUAAAAAGACUAAAUAAAGGCCAGUUUUUCUACA